ACUGCAAGUUCUUGGUUCGAUUACCCAUAUCGCAUUCAUACACGAUCCUGUUAAUCUUUUAGGGAUUCCGGAAAUCAUCUACGGGCUUUAUCAGCAAAUGCUCACGUCGUGGCGUGAGAACUCACGGGGGAUUUUGUCGAUGUUCACAGCUGAACAAGCGCCACCACCCUUGAUUGCUAGCAAUAUGUAUGGAGUGUCUCCAUGGGCCACAUAUCUCCUUCUUCUUGUGGAAAGCAAGAGUUAUCCAGUGUUUUAUCAACAUUUAUACGAAACUCUGGUGAAGAAAGAUAAGACCACUGUAGAACAAGCCGCGAAGAAAGCAGCGUCGAAGUCAUCCAUCCUCCUACCUCUACCCAGGAUUGCUGUGUACAGAUGGGCUGAAUUCAUUCCAAUUUGCAAAGACAGCACUGUAUUUCCUCUAGCUGUGCAACGCCUGGCCACUGAGAGUUACCGACUGAAAACUGUGAAUGGGAGGAAGUACUCUUUUGCGCGUCGCUUCAUGGACUCCACAGCAGCUGAGUCGGUCCUUAUUCCGUGCAGAAAAGUGCUAACUGAAGCGGAUGAUCCAAAAGGCCUCGCCAAAGCAGUGAAUGGCUGGCUGUUCUGCUCACAUGAAGUCACUCGCAAGGGAUUCGAUUUCUCGGUCUUCGAUUUGGAUUACCUCUUGCAGCUUAUCCUGGCCGAUGACAAGUUAUUUUCGCUGACAUGCCAUUUGGGACCAAGAGAUCCUUCUCAGCACAUAUCUGAUCAUUUCUUGAACAAGCCAAGAAACUCGAGAGCGAUUGGUUUUCCUGUACUGCCUGCUCACCGUAGCUUACCGCCUGCACCAGUUGUUGAUAUGAGUGCAAUAUUUCAUGUGAAUACUAUUAUGGAAAUGAUAAAUCCACUCAUCAAACAUAUCCGUACAAUAUCGGAGGACUACGUAGUCGGCGGCGAAAACAUGGCUAGUGAAGAUGCAAAGUAUGUCGACCUCGUAACGAAGCUCCAUACGGGCGUCAUGCAACAAAUACCGGUCACUACUACGAAGUUCAACGAAGCGGCUGAUGCUCAAAUGGCUCAGAGUCGCGAGAAACGGAAUACCAUUCUUGGGGAAUUGCACACAGGUGUGCUGGAUCGAACAGCGAUAGCAUCGGCGACAAUGGAACACAUAGCAAGGCAGCUCGCUCGGCUGAGCGUUCUCUGCUCUCCUUCGCAUCGAGGUGGUGCGCAGAUGUCUGGAAGAGCUAUGCUGAAGACUGUAACGUCGUCUGUAACUGGAACGGAAAUGCUAUUCCCUGCCGCUUCGGCGGCAUAUGAAAAUACAUUACGAGUGCUAGCUGAAAGGUGA